AUGCCUACACCGAGCAAUGCAUCAGCGGUUGAGUCGCCACAGGAGCAGGAUGCGCGCUUCAUACAGCAUCUCCGAGAGUCAUUUGAUGCCGACCUCGACGUCACCACCGACCAGCAGAAGAAAGAUGAGCUGACUUCUAUUCAAAGCUCCAUCUUUACCUUUAUUACUCUGCCAUCGACCCGCCCAUCCGUUGAGCCUGAGUCCAUGCAGCGAAACCUCGACUUCAUCUGGCACACCAUUAUCGAGGUGGCCAAGGCUCUCGAUAAGGAUGCUGCCUUUCAGGAGAAGCUCAUUUCCUUGUUUCUGUGGAUGAAGGAGUUCGACUCGUCGUACGGCUUUUCCGACGCCCUCCAGGCUUCAUGGGAGAAGCUCCUGGGGACUGGGACCGCCUCGCAGCAGUGUAAUCUCGCAGCCUUUUCAGCCAAGGCCCUACACCUUGGCAUCUACCGAGAGGCACUUGGUCUGACGGCGCUCUGGUUUCUACGCGAGGCUCUCGAGACGGACGACGAAGCGAAGACUGCCGCUCUCCUGCCGGCGGCUGUAGUUUGGUUUAGCCAUGGCCGGCACAAGCUAGUUGCCUUUUCAGUCUCUCACAAGACCUACGAGGACUCCAAAUCCCAUUUAGUGACACCCGGAGCGCUGGCACGCGCGGCAAACAUCGACGCGCACGGCUUCAGCAUGAAGCGAUGGUUGUUCUGGAGACAGCGUCUACAGGAGCUCAGUCACAGCGCUGAUUCGGCAGUGGCCAAGGAAGCGAAGGAGGGCUUCAUGCUCAUGGUCAGCAGCGGUCGUGAAUUGGCCUAUGAUGUUCCAGGUGAAGCGAGGUUUUCAGAGAGGCUUUAUGCAACGCUGGAUGAGGAGCUUAUUAGGAGUGGAAAGGAGAGCGUGGGUACUGACGAUAUUGAUGUUGUAGUGGGCUGGGUCAAUUAA